AUAAAUAUUAACUUUCAAUUGCAAUCCUUAUAUCGGGAUUAUAUAAAUCCGUGUACUAUCAAAUUCUACAUUAUUGUCGAGACCUCGGUAGCGUCUUUAAAACAAUGAAGUACGCGUUUACUUGGAUUUUAAUUGUACUGGAGUGUACAUGUAUAAUCGAUGUACAGGGGUAUGGGGGAUACAGAGACAAAAUACCAAAUGGUAAGAGAGUGCCACAUCCCUGUAAACCGAAUUACAUCUGGAAUGGUGUUGGACAUCAAACAUCUGCUGGGGGUGGCUAUCGAAAUCCUUUUGGGGAAGACUUUGCGAAAGCUGGACAUUUAUGGACAAAAGAGUUAUGUGGGGAAGAUUCUGAUGGAGAUGGUUUAACAAAUGGUCAUGAAUUAGGUGACCCAAAUUGCACUUGGUCUCAGGGCAGUCUGGACCCAGAUAGUACGAGAAUCUCACACCCAGGCGUCUGUGAGCCAUGGAAUGACCCAAAAUGCCAGAAGCAAUUUUCAUGGAUGAUGGAGGCCUGUAAACCGGAAAAGUUUACUUGCGAUGCACUUAACGAAGUCGGUGUAAAGAACAUGACAAUAAACUUCCCAAAUACAUCAGUACCUGUCGAAGAAACGACCUAUGUGUGUAUGGAAUUUGAACUUGAUAAUACUGGAGAUUAUCAUAUGGUAGCCACUCAACCCAUUAUUGAUAACUUGAAUGUUAUGCACCAUGCUGUUAUAUUUGGAUGUGAAACUGAUACUCAUCCAAUUAGAUCAAGACCUCAUCGAUGUGGAAUGGUAGCGAGCAAUGAAUGUAGUCAAAUAAUAAAUAUUUGGACCUUAGGUAUUGCUGGUGAUUGCGUUCAUGAUAAAAUCGGUUUUAGAAUUGGAGCCAAUGGCAUUCGAAGGGUUGCCUUACAGUUUCACUGGAACAACCCGACUCUGAAAACAGAUUACACGGAUGCAUCUGGAAUGAUAAUAUAUUACACAGACACUAAACGUGAGAACGAUGCUGGUAUACUGACUAUUGGUAGUUCAUAUUUUGAAAUCCCACCACGAUCUCCUGGCUAUGAAGUAUCCUCCACAUGCCCUGGAAGUUGUACAUCAUCUUUUAUUACUGAUAAAAUACACAUCGUUUCAGCUGUUAACCACAUGCAUUAUUUAGGUGCCUCCCAGAAAAUUGAGCUGUUUCGAAAUGGUAAGAAAGUAAGAGAUAUAACAAGAGAUGCUGAAUUUAAUUAUGACAGUCCUGUGGUUUACGAAUUUCCUUCAGCAAUAGAAGUUCUGCCAGGUGAUACCCUAAAAACUACAUGUAUUUUCAACUCUAUGAAUAGAGAUAAUGUUACUUUUUGUGGAGAUGCCACAAGUGACGAAAUGUGCUUCGGGUUUCUAACAUUUUAUCCGAAGGCUAACACCAACAAUUAUGUUUUUUGUAACACGUGGAAAAGCAUUCCUUAUUGUGCGAUAGACCGUGGUCAGAUAUUCGAUGGAUGUGAUCUUAAAAAAUAUUCUAGAUAUACCAAAGAAUCCGCACAACUUUUUUUAGCCCUUAAUACUAGCUGUUUUAACGUAUGCACGCCAGAGUGUAUGGCUGUCAUAGAGAGCAAUCCGUGCCUUAAAGGUGAUCCAAGAGAUUUCUUGGACUUUGUUAACAGUUAUUCAGAUCUCGGAAGAGAAAUGAAACGGCUGUAUGCACAGUGCAAUGAUAAAUUAACCACUAAACUUACAACACCCGCAAAUGAUGAUACCACUUACACCACUAAAAUUAAUGUUAGCUCAACUAGUUCCACAAAUCACCACAUUUACACCACUCAGCCUGUUAAUGGUGGCGAUGGUGGUAUCACAAAUAACAAUACCACUGAUACAACAACUGAUGUUAGCGAAACUGGUACCACGAAUCAUUCUCUUUAUACUACUCCGACUGUUAAUAGUGGUGCCGGUGGUACCACUUACACAACUAAAAUUAAUGUUAGCUCAACUAGUUCCACAAAUCGCCACAUUUACACCACUCAGUCUGUUAAUGGUGGCGAUGGUGGUAUCGCAAAUAACAAUACCACUGAUACAACUGAUGUUAGCGAAACUGGUACCACGAAUCAUUCUCUUUAUACUACUCAACCUGUUAAUAAUGGUGCUGGUGGUGCCACAAAUAAUGAUACCACAGAUGUUGAUGUUAAAGACGAUAAUGCAAACAAUGAUAAUGGUAGCCAAGCCAUAAGACCAAUUAGGGUUUUAUUGGCAGUUCCCUUGCUCAUUAUUUUCAUAUCGACAUUGAUUUCACUGUGAUGAAAAGUUUUAGUUUUUUUUAUUUGUUUGUUUAGCAUCUUAGAAUGUUUCACGCAAUUCAGCAGAAGCUCGAUCAAAAUAUCUUAUUUGGCGUUCAGUCAGUCAAGCGUUAUUUUGAAUAAUUAAAUUUGUUCUCUGCAAAAAAGAAAAAAAGAAAUGUUUUGAAUUAAAGGGUUUAAUUGGAUUCAGUGAUGUGUGUAUUAUACCAUUCGUCUUUCUUUGAUUCGCAAUUCACUCACUCACUCACUCACUCACUCAUAUUCAUAUUCAUUCAUAGAUAUUCAUUCAUACAUAUUCAUUCACAUUCAUUCAUUCAUAUUCAUUCAUAUGUAAUUUAAUCGUAUUAGAAUCUCAUAGCACCUUACAGACAAUUACUUGUUGACAGAUAAAUGUUUUUAUUGCUUUCUUAUUGUUUUAAAGUAUAAUUAUAUGUUAUAUAGUCUUUAAUGGUUGUUAGUAACAUUGUUAAUUAUGUAAUUCCGCUGAUUCAGUUUGAUAUUAUUUAUCGAAAAUCUAAACCAUGACGCAUUCUAUAAUUUAUACCGUUUCUUAGACAGUGCCUAUGUUAAUUAGUCGUAUAUUUCAAUCCAUGAUUUCCAAUAAACCGUUUCAAGGAUUAUUCCAACGUACAUGUAUUGCGGACAAUUCUUACUUCUAUAUUGUAUGUUAUAUGUACAGAAGUUCGAUUUAUUAAAUAAUGUAAUUGUUUGAAAAAAAAAAGAACCCAAAACAACAUUUGGUGUAUUUAUAAGUGUGAUCUGCUUGUUGAAUAAAUAAAUUAUUAUGUUAUUUAA